AUGUUAAUAGCAUUUGCUAAAGAGAGGCUUUUGGAUGUAGAGAAAGAGAAGGAAACUUACAAUUACCUCAGCAAAGAGGAAAUCAAAGAGAAAGUUCAGAAAUACAAUUUAGCUGUCACAGACAAGUUGAAGAUGACCCUGAAUUCAAAUGGGAUUUACACUGGCUUCAUUAAAGUGCAGAUGGAACUCUGCAAACCUCCACAGAUGUCUCCUGGUAGCAAUGGCUGUAUGAACACACUUCAUAUCAGCAGCACAAACACUGUUGGGGAAGUCAUCGAGGCCCUGCUCAAAAAAUUUCUUGUGACGGAGAGCCCUGCCAAGUUUGCACUUUAUAAGCGUUGUCACAGGGAAGACCAAGUUUAUGCCUGCAAGCUCUCAGAUCGAGAACAUCCUCUCUACCUGCGUUUGGUAGCAGGGCCCAGAACCGACUUGCUUAGUUUUGUUCUUCGUGAACAUGAAAUUGGAGAGUGGGAAGCUUUCAGCCUUCCAGAACUGCAGAAUUUCUUGCGCAUCUUGGACAAGGAGGAAGAUGAGCAGCUGCAGAACCUGAAGAGGUGCUAUACAGCCUACAGACAUAAGCUGGAAGAAGCCCUGGGCGAGGCCUGGAAGCCUGGCUAGUGUGCAGGCACCCUGCCAGGAAGGCGUGGCGUGGGACCUCUGUAUAAAGAGCAGCAAGUGCCUUUCUGCUCGGAGAGCUGUCUUCUUGCCCAAACCCUAGGGUCAUCCCCUUUUGUCUCUAGAGUUAGUUCCCAACCCCCCAGCCACAGGCAUCCUGCACCCGUGUGCCCCGCGUGAGGGGCCCUGCAAGCUUGUUCUGUUACAGCACCGCGGUAUUACCUCUUGCAAGCUGUGAACCUGCAAUCAUCAGGAGCAUCCUGGAGUGCUUGGAAGCAUGAACUCUGGGUUGAUUUUUCUUUAUUUUCUUCUAGUUAUUUUAAUUAUGUAAUGGUUAAGCUUAAGGAUGUGCAAACAAGUUUUUAAAAACUUAACAAGGUGAAACUAAAACUACCUUUUGGUUUUUUUUUCUGUCAGGGGAAACCAUUCAUUUGAAGGGCAGAGGAAUCCAGGAACUGCGGGGAAUUUGGGAAGGAUGUUGGAGGAGUUGGAUUUAAAAAAGUAACGAGCAAGUUUAGAAGAAGGCUGUGUAGAAGUGAAAGCUCUGAGGGCCACUGAGGAAGGUGGUUAGGUGGGUACAGUGGUAGUGGUGGAGCCAAGUGUGUGGCUUGAAAGUGAGGUAGAAGCGUUCAGUGUUGAGAUAUUAAGCCCAUUCUAGGAUUGCUUGAUUUCCUGUUGGGUAUAACAUGGAGACGGAGCCAAAGAGGUAGGAACUAAACCCAAGAAGGACCCAUGAACUGUGCAGUUGACUGUAGAACGAGGCAGGUGGAAGUGGGCGCUGUACAGCUGGAUGUGGCCCCCCGCAUGUGAGACCCCAAUUGUGCCCUCUUGGAGUGGAAGUCUAACUGCUGUAGCAGCUCUAACUAGCAGUGGCUGACUCCUAAAAUUGUGUGGAUUUCCCCACAGAGGUUGUUUUCCAAGUUGAAAAUGAGUUUAGGGUAGGGCAGCUGUUCCUCAUUAGCUAGGAAGUUACCAACUGCAGAGCUCACUGCGAAUGUGUGACAAUCACUUCCUCCCUUUUUAUUCUACCCUUUCUUUUCCUUCCCCUUUUUCUUCUUUCCCUCCCUCUUUCCUUAACUCUGUCCCCCUGCUUUUCCCUUUCUAAGUUAUAGUUUGUUCUCACAUAAUGUUGAAUAGGGAUUUUUUAAAGACUCAGUACUCCCAUGUCACCCUCAGUUCUAAAGGACUUCACUGCAAAGAGGGGCCCCAAGGAAAGAGGAAAGUCCACACCCACUGACCCGGCAACAGGUGUUCAUCAUGGAACUAUUGUUCCUUCCAACCAAAGAAAUGCAUAUGCAAUAAAAAGCCUUAAAGACAGGCUAAAUAAACCUCAUUUUCUGUAGCGACUUAUAAACCUGAGAACGUGGAGAAAGAUGUGCUGUGGUUCCAGAGGGGCCUUACAGUCAGUCUGGUUUUAGUCUAGAUUUUUGUUUGUUUAUAAAUUCCCAAGGAAUUGUUAACACUUUGUUGACACCUAAUGGAUUCUUUGUGAAAUUCCAAGGUGCUUUGGUUCUUUGCUUAAAAGUGAACUGUGCCUUUUAUUGUAUUUCUGUUUCCUCUUGGUGGCUCUUCUAACUUUUUAGAGAAUACCUAUCUUGUUGGAGGCAGAGUUAAGUGUUGGUUGUGCUGUGCCACACAAGCUGCCGAGACAAUCAGAUCUUCCUAGGCUUUUAAGAAAAGGGUGGCGGGUGGGUGGGUAGAACUAGCUAUAAAAUAUGUAUGGCACAUCUUGUUUAAUUUUGCAUGUGACUUCUUUUUAGUGCAUCAAUGAGGUUUUAGUGACAUUGUCAUCCAACACUUUACCUUUAUUGUUCAGGGAAUGUCUUCAUGAUUUUUAUACUAGUUUUACUAUUCAUACUAUAGCUUGGGUUUGAGUAUACUGUUAUCAACCACCUGGUCUUCUAAUUACUUGUCCCAGUAAACUUAUAGUUUGUGAAGUAUUUGUUUCUCAGAUUAAGACACUGUUAGAACCUGAAGUAGUAGCUGAUGGGUAUCUGUGAAAAAAAAAUUUUUUUUUUUUUUUUACUUGAAGUAGAUUGUCUAGAAGAGGCAUCAUCUGUAUUUAUCCAGAACCUCACUCACUGUCAUGUGCACUACAAGUUGCAAUUUGGAAACUUUACUGUAUUGAAAUCUUGUCAGUUCAUAGUUCUUGAAGACUGAUGUUCUUUACCAAACACUGGUUACUGCAGCAGCAUUUUUAGUGUGUGAAAUGGAGGAAAACGGCCCCUAAGGCCAAAGGUGUUUUAUUAAAAAAUCAUUGUACAAAUCCUUGUGUUAAAUUAAAACUAAGCUUUGCUGUAAUACUGUUUUCUCUUCAAAAUGUGAUGGUACAGGAAAGGUGUUAAAUGAAGGGGUAGUAUUACAGGGGAGCAUUUUAAAUUGCAGAGGUUGAAAAGUUAUAAUAUUUAUAAUUUUGAUGUUUUAUUUUUAUAGGGAAGAUUUUCUCCCCUAAAAUUAUUUCUUGAAUGGCAAAAUGAUUUCCA